UUGUCCCUUCUCUUUCUCUCUGUCGCGGCGGUGUGUUGGAGCCGCUGUCCCCGGUCUGGCACGUUCCUAGCCAAAUUGUCCUCGGUUUAAAAUUGGAUUCCCCUUUUACGAAAUCUACAAAUUUCUUAACCCUGCCAAAUUUGAGGUCGGUAAUCCCUAAUUCGCGCCUAUUGCUCAUCACACAGUCUCAAAAUUAGAACCCCCAAGAAGAUGGCGGCGGGGUCGGCAGUCGCCCGGCUUGAGGGCCGAGAAUUCGAAUACCUGAUGAAGAAGAGGUCGGCGACCAUCGGACGGAACUCAUCGCAAGGCUCGGUGGACGUCAGCAUGGGCCACUCUAGUUUUAUCUCUCGCCGGCAUCUCGAAAUUUUCACCGCUGGUGAAGACGGCACCGGUAGCGGGGAGUUCUACCUCCGAUGCCUCGGAAAAAACGGGGUGUUUGUGGAUGGGGUGUUCCAGAGACGAGGUGCCCCACCUCUGCAGCUCCCACGAAUGUGUUGUUUCCGGUUUCCCAGCACCAACAUCAAGAUCACGUUCACAGCCCUAUCCAGCGAUAAGAAGGAGCGUAGGAACGUGUCGGAGUCGCCGGUCAAGCCCGUCCAGCCACAGAUAGCGCCGCUUACCAUCAACAUUCCAGACAACAUUGCCCAUCUUGUGAGCCCCCUGCCCUCACCAACGGGCACCAUCAGUGCUGCCAACUCCUGUCCAAACUCCUGUCCGUCAAGUCCCAGAGGGGCGGGGCUGUCGGGCUAUAGGAUGGGCCGCGUGUUAACUGCCGAUCUCAUCAAUGAGAACUCUCAGACAGAUGACCGAGAUGGUUCGGGGGGAGACAGUCCCAAGGAUGACUCAAAGCCACCGUAUUCCUACGCUCAACUUAUAGUCCAGGCAAUCACCAUGGCACCUGACAAGCAACUGACUUUGAAUGGGAUUUACACUCACAUCACCAAGAACUACCCCUACUACAGAACUGCAGACAAAGGCUGGCAGAACUCAAUCCGUCAUAACUUGUCACUGAACCGCUACUUUAUCAAAGUAGCCCGGUCUCAGGAGGAGCCAGGUAAGGGAUCGUUCUGGAGGAUCGACCCAUACUCAGAGGGCAAGUUGUGCGAGCAGGCAUUCAGGAAACGCAGGCCUAGGGGUGUACCCUGUUUCAGGACACCACUAGGCCCCCUGUCAUCCAGAAGUGCCCCAGCCUCUCCCAGCCACACAGGGGGGCUGUCUGCUCACUCCAGUGGUGUGCAGACCCCAGAGAGUCUCUCCAGGGAGGGUUCUCCCGUCCCCAUGGACCCAGAGCCAACCCGGGCCUUGGCUCCCACUGCUGCCACUGCCCUACAGCCUAAACUAGCUGUCAUCCAGGAGGCCCAGUUCGCUCAGAGUGCUCCUGGCUCUCCUCUGAACAACCAGCCGGUUCUGAUCGCCGUCCAACGACAGUUGCCCCAAACGACCAUGAAGCCUGUGACCUACACUAUGGCGACACCUGUCAUGACAACAGCUGUAAGCUCGGCCUCCGUUAUGCAGACUGUGCACGUGCUCCAACAGAUUCCGAUGGUCACCAUGGCUACCGUCGCUGCCACUCAGAACUCUGUCGUUACGGUGAAGACAGAACCGCAGGAGAACGGUGGCGAACACAAUGGGGUCAAAGUCAAAGUGGAGCCGGUCCCUGCCAUCACUACCUCCUCUAUAGGCGGAGCCAGUCGCAUCAUCCAGACGUCCCAGGCCACACCUCUAACAACUGUUACCAUCGUUCAGCAAGCCCCGCUGGGCCAGCACCGGCUCCCUAUCAAGACCAUCACACAGAACGGCACUCACCUGGUCCCCAUCACUACUGCUGCUAACACCGCAGUGGUGAACCCCCUCCACCUGUUGGCAGCCCACGCCUCAGCCUCUGCAUCACUGCCCACCAAGAGGCAGAACGGAGAGUUGGCGGACCACCCCGAACCCAAGAGAGUGAAAACAGAGGAGGGGGGGGAGAGCAUAGCAAACAGGUCACACGCACAUGGAGAUGGGGAGAAUGGGGUCAGUGAACAGGCUGACUCCUCUGCUCAAUAAGCCCUACUACCCCCCCCCCCCCCCCUCCUUGAUCUGUUUUCACAACCAACCGGACCACCACUUAGAACCACGUUGAUGAUCUACUCCAAGGUGCCAAAAGGAGAAGAAAUGGAUCCACCUCCGGACUACAAAAUGUGUUACCAGUAGACCGACCACCGCCCACCCCAUGGGUUUGAAAAGAGACCAAGACAAAAAGCAACAACCACAAAAAAGGAAAAUGACAAGUUGCUAGGGGAUGUCCCUGUUUUGGAGACUCAUACAAAAACGAAACCUUAAGAGAAGCACAGUAAGCCUUCAUGUAGAAGUUUAAAAUAAAUAAAUAAAAAUAUAUAAAAAUGUAAUUGAGAUCAAAACGGACCUCUAGACUGACCACCAGAAUCACCAAGCCUUCCACUGCUGACUGGAAAGUGUCUCUUUCAGCGGGCAUGUUUGUUUUGUAUUGCUCAGACCUCCUGGUGGGCAGGGUUGGUUAGUUCUGGACCAUUCACUUGGUCCUAAAGCAAUAUCUGCCCACCCAGGGCAGUCAGCCAUGCAAAAGAGACUAGCUCUGUUUCUACCCAGGACAAUUACCCCCAAGGGAGGGAUGUAGCCAAUGGCAUCAUCCCUGUGGCACGAUAGAUAAGCGCUUAACAUUUGGGAAUAGAUGACUGAAACAACAGUUAAACGUAGUUAUUCCGUAAAGGGAAGUGUAUGUGUGGAACCAUUCCCUAUAUCUUUGGCAGCUAGCCUUCAUGUCAACCUACCUAAUGCAGUCGCGAGUGAGUAGAUAUGCCGUAUUUUGUUGUACACGUAUCUUAGGAUCUGUGAGUUUUACCUCCUGUUUCCCAAGGCACAGUCAUUAGUAAUAACUUGUACUAAAAGCUAAAAGAAGCGGGGUUAAAAACAUUUAACACCAACUGAUAUUGUGGGAUCCGCUUUUCUUUCCUAUGUGGACUCUUUGUUCAGUGAAAUGAAUGUAGUCUCCUUUUCCUUCAAGAAAACACUAUCUAUGGAGUGGAUUGUUUUGUUUUUCUGUCAAACCCAAGAUGUUUCUUUUUCACUGUACAUCUACAGAUUUUUCAUAUUUUAACAAAUAUCCUAUCAGAAAGUAUAUUUCCAUGCGUAUUUGACCGUAGGCUUCUUCAUCAAUGCUUGCAUGUUACCGAAUUUAGAGAAAAUGUACAUGAGCCGAUAAGUGAAUAUGGAACUGAAGAAAAUAAGGCUGAAUCUAUGCUAUACUGUAUGAUUCUGACCAGUGCUGCACUUACCCUCUUCCUAAUUUUGAUUUGUAUUUCCCUGCUUUGUUUUCCUUGUCUUCAAUGGCUGUUUGUUACCUUUGUGUUUAAAUUGGCAGUCUCCUUGCUUGAUUAUUUUAUUCUGUUCAGGCUCCCUGAAGCCUUUUCAGAUUGUAUUCUGUUUCCACGAGGGAAAACAAGUGAUUGAUGUUUGUUCCGCUUCAGUGGGUAAAAUGCUUCUUUUUUAUAAAUUAAUUUAAAACCUCU